AUGCGUGUCCUUAUUACAAUUUGCCUGCUGGCCGUAGUCUACGCUGAGAGAUUGGGAUACAACUACCAGCCUGUGGAUCAGCCCAUCUCCUACACGCCCAGCGCUGUUGGCCAAGCUGCAUAUAUUCCACCUGCGGAAACUGGAGCUAUUGAACCAGGUUUUGCUGCACCGGCACCCGCUGAGCAGGCAUACCAAGCCCCUGCUGAGCUGCUCAAGGAGUUCGUCACCUACACAGCAGACGAGCGCGAUUUCAACGAGCCCAUCAACCAAGAUCAGCUGUCAAAUAAUCUUCGCAAGAACCUGCGUGUUGUAUUCAUUAAGGGACCCGAAUACAGUGGUGUGCAAGAUGCUGCAUUGGCGCUGUCCAAGCAGGCAGCCGAACAACAAACCGCAAUUUAUGUGCUGAACAAGCAGGCCGAUAUCAAUGAUCUUGGCAACAAGCUGAACAACAUUCGCUCCAACACCUAUCAGAAGCCGCAGGUGCACUUCGUCAAGUACCGCACGACUGAAGAUGCCAUCAAUGCCCAACGCGCCAUUCAGGGUCAGUACGAUCAGCUGGGCGGUGUCUCCAUUAAUCAGGAUGGCGGCGUUGCAUCCGUGCUGAACUUUGCAUCCCGCGGACCCGCCCAAGCUGCGCCAGCUGUGCAAGAGCCCUUGAACUCGUAUCUGCCCGCAUCGGUGCUGCGCAGUCGCCUUUAG